ACGCCUCAGUCGUGUUGCAAAGCUUAUUACCGUAGUUCAUAUUUUAGCAGUAAAACGAAUCGAAUUAUUAAAGACAAUCAUUGCCGCGGUUAUAUUAUAUCAACGAAAAAUAGACCAGCGCUGUCCGAUAACGAUUUCGUAUAAAAAUCUCUUAACGCAUUAUAUAUCUUUCGGAAAAAGAAGGGAACGAAGUGUUGAUUGGAAAUUAUUUUCGUGAAGGCUUUUUUUCAAAUAUUUCCAAAGAAGUUCUUUCUGCGACGAUGGGACUCAUCGACGACUAUUGGCUUUUCACUGGUACGAUCUGUCUCCUCUUCCUUUUGACCCUUAUAACGACGAUAUACAUCUAUAUGACGAGAAGAUUCGGUUAUUGGAAAAGACGCAACGUAGUAGAAAUAAAGCCUAUUCCAUUGUUUGGUAACUUUGUCGAUUGCUUUUUCAUGAAAAAAUGUCCUGGUGAAUUCAUGAAAUAUCUUUACGACGAGUCAAGCGGAUUACCAUACAUGGGCUUUUAUAUCUUCGAUAAGCCUUUCUUUUUGAUUCGCGAUCCCGAUCUCGUCAAGCACGUUCUCGUCAAAGACUUUGAUUAUUUCGCCGACAAGUAUUCUAAAACGGAUAUUAAGGAUCGACUCGGUUGGGCGAAUCUCUUCAUGAUAAAAAAUCCAGCAUGGAAAUUUCUUCGAUCGAAAUUAACACCGUUUUUUACGAGUGGCAAAUUGAAGAAGAUGUUCGAUCUGAUGGUUCACAUCGGUAACGAUCUCGACGCGCAUUUAGAAUCUCUUUCGUUGAAAGGCAAAGGGAAAACGAUCGAUGUUAAGGAUAUCUGUGCAAAAUUCACGACCGAUCUAAUCGGCAUCACGGCUUAUGGCUUGAGAGCCAACUCGUUGAACGAUCCUAACGCGGAUUUCCGAAAGUGUGGUAAAAAAAUCUUCGAUUUCACUUGGUACCGCGGCUUCGAGAUUCUCACGAUGUUCCUGAUGCCGUCCUUGAUUAAAUUGGUAAGGCCGAAUUUCUUCGGAAAAGAGAAUUGCGACUUCCUUCGAAGGGUUUUCUGGGAAAACAUCGAGCAUAGGAUAAAUACGGGAACGAAGAAGAACGAUCUUAUCGAUCUUCUUAUCGAGUUGAAAACAAAUUACGAGGGACAAGAAUUUCAUGGAUUCAAAUUCGACGGGGACGAUUUGGUGGCCCAAGCGGCCGUAUUCUUCACCGGAGGCUUUGAAACUUCGUCGACGACCUUGGCCUUCUCGUUGUACGAGCUCGCCCUGCAUCCUGAAAUACAAACGAGAUUGAGAAAGGAAAUUCACGAGGCUCUCGCGAGCAACGACGAUCAACGGGUUACCUACGAUAUGGUCGUCUCCUUGCCUUAUCUGGAUAUGGUCGUCUCGGAGACCCUACGAAAGUAUCCGGUAUUUCCGUUUAUCGAACGAAUUACUGGCAACGAUUACAAAGUACCUGGUCAUGAUUUAACUUUGGAAAAAGGAACGCCAGUUUACAUAUCCAGCAUGGGACUGCAUUACGAUCCACAAUACUUUCCCGAACCACACGUCUACAAUCCCGAAAGAUUCAGCGAAGAGAAUAAACAAAAUAUAAUACCGUAUACGUAUCUGCCUUUCGGCGAAGGCCCUCACAUGUGUAUCGGACUCCGGCUUGGUCUUUUGGAAUCUAAAUACGGCCUUGUACAGAUAUUAAGAAAAUAUCGAGUUUCGCCAUGCGAAAAGACGCUGAUACCUAUGCGCUUAGAUCCCAAAGGAUUGACCAUUACAGCAUUGGGAGGAUUGUAUCUGAACAUAAGUGAACUUGAGAACAAUUUAAAUAGAUAUAUUUCUAACAGAGUUCGGUUCGGUGCAAAGUUCUCAGUGCAAAUUAAAUACGAGUUUGAAGAAAUGGCGAUUCUAACGGCGUAUUGGGGCCUCGACGGUAUUGUACUUUUCUUCUCCCUUUGGAUACUCGCUUAUCUCUAUAUGACGAGAAAAUUUAAGUAUUGGCAGAAACGCGGGAUAAUGGAAAUCCCACCGUUACCAUUUAUUGGCAAUUUUUGGGAUUGCUUCACCAUGAAAAAAUCUUCCGCGGAGUUCGUCCAGGAGCUCUACAAACGAUCCCAGGGAUUACCCUAUAUGGGCUUCUACAUAUUCGACAAACCCUUCAUCCUGAUACGCGAUCCCGAGUUGGUAAAAAAUGUUCUCGUCAAAGAUUUCAAUUAUUUCUUUGACAGAUAUGCCUCCCCGGAUGUGAACGAUCGUUUGGGCUAUGCCAAUUUAUUUAUGAUGAAAAAUCCCGGCUGGAAAAUUCUAAGGGCAAAGCUCACUCCGAUCUUUACGUCCGGUAAAUUAAAGAAAAUGUUCGAGUUGAUGAUCGAGAUUGGCAACGAUCUCGAUAAAUAUCUCGAUUCCUUAGGAUUGGAAGGUAAAGGAAAAAAUAUGGAGAUGAAGGAGAUUUGUGCGAAAUUUACCACCGAUCUAAUCGGCACGACCGCCUUUGGUCUUCGGACUAAUUCCCUAAGCAAUCCGAAUGCCGAGUUUCGUAAAUAUGGCCAAAAGAUAUUCGAAUAUAACUUUAGUCGCGGCUUCGAAUUCUUGUCGAUAUUCUUUAUACCGGGCAUCGUCAAAUCAAUAGGCGCCAAAUUCUUCGGGAGAGAAGUCAGUAAUUUUCUCCGUGACACCUUUUGGAACGUUAUCAACGAGCGAAUUGCUUCUGGUAAUAAGAGAAACGACCUGAUAGAUCUGCUGAUCGAACUUAGAAAGACUUACGGCGACGAGGAUCUCGGUGGAUUUAAAUUCGACGGUGACGAUUUGGUCGCCCAAACGGCCAUUUUCUUCUCGGGUGGCUUCGAGACCUCCUCGACGGUUAUGGCCUUUACCGUUUACGAAUUGGCCCUUCAACCUGAUCUCCAGACGAAACUCAGACAAGAAAUCCUGGAGGCUAUAGAUAAAAAUAAUGGAAAAUUCACUUACGACAUGGUCAUCAGUUUACCGUAUUUGGACAUGGUCGUCUCGGAAACGCUUCGAAUGUAUCCACCAUUGGGUUUCUUGGAUCGCAUCGCCAAUCAAGAUUACAAAGUCCCUAAUUCCGAUCUGAUCAUCGAAAAGGGUACUCCUAUUAUGAUAUCGAUGAUCGGAAUGCAUUACGAUCCUCAAUAUUUCCCUAACCCGGAAAAAUUCGAUCCUGAAAGAUUCAACGAAGUUAACAAGAGGAACAGACAGGGUUACGUUUAUUUUCCCUUCGGCGAAGGUCCCCACGUUUGUAUAGGAACACGCAUCGGACUUUUGCAGGCCAAACUAGGCUUGAUACAUUUACUUAAGGAAUACGAAUACUCUCCGUGCGAAAGUACUAUUAUACCGAUGCGUUACGAUCCGAAAGGCUUAACGACCACACCUUUAGGCGGUAUACAAUUGAACGUUCGCAAGUACGUUCAAAAUGUUGCCUGAACGUUUUUCAACUUUAUUAGUUUGUAGACUUAUGAUAUUUAUAUUAUUUCGCUGAUACAUUUAAAAUUCUUAUGUCUUUAAAGAGACAAAAUAAAGGAACAAUUAUUAAUUUA